AUGAAUAGCAUGCAGGGUCUUUUACAUGAGACCACCUUGCAGUCUGCUCAAGGUGGUCGUUCGACUUCUACCACCGGAUUUUCCGGAACCUUGUCUGCUUCUACUGGUCAGAAGCGGAGUUGGUCCGACGGCGAUUCAAACAACUCCCACUACCAAGAUUCCAACCCCGCCAAGGGCGGCCCGGCCGGCGUCCAGUUUCAAAGAACCAUCAGCUUUCUGCCUGGCCGUCCCAAACGCCUGUCUGCCAGCAGGAUUGUAAAUUGCGAUAACGAGGGUGAGGGUGAGGGUGAGGGGAUAUCAGAAUACUCUCAGAGGCAGGCGAUUUCUGCAACGCCCACGUCGACGAUCGACCCGGAGCUCAGCCUGUCGCACCCCACGUACGACUUGCCGGCACAGCUUGUGGAUAAUUUUGCUUCGGUCGGUAUCAAGCAGAUUUAUCCGUGGCAGAAGAACUGCUUAAAGGGCCCGCGACUCCUCGAGGGUACCAAGAACCUCGUCUACUGUGCUCCCACUGGCGGCGGCAAAUCCCUUGUUGCUGAUUUGCUUAUGCUCAAAAGAGUACUUGAAGAAAAGGGCUCCAAGGCCCUCCUGGUUCUCCCAUAUGUUGCUCUGGUGCAGGAAAAGGUACGGUGGCUGCGAAAGAUCGUUCAGGGUCUGCAAUAUGCAAACACUCAGGAUGAAGAGGACAAGCCAGGUACAUGGGCUCGUCGUGCAGACGAGGAUUUCGUGAGAGUUAUUGGAUUCUUUGGUGGCGGAAAAGUCCGAGCUACCUGGGCAGACUUUGAUAUCGGUGUCUGUACCAUGGAAAAGGCAAAUUCUCUUGUGAAUGCUGCCAUCGACGAUUGCGUCGUACAACAGCUCCGAGCUGUCGUGCUGGAUGAACUGCACAUGAUUGAUGAUGAUCACAGGGGGUAUCUCCUGGAACUUAUGACGACCAAGCUCAUGAGCCUUGAACAGCCUGUCCAGAUAAUUGCUAUGAGUGCCACUCUCCCAAACAUGGAUUUGAUGGCACGUUGGAUCGACGCACAUUCAUACGAGACCAGAUACCGCCCAGUACCUAUACAUGAGCAUCUCGUCUGCAGCGGCAGGGUGUACCCAGCUGCUUCGACAGGGGACCUGAUCAGAAAGGCAACUCAGUUGAGUACCCAAAACUCCACACAAAGUAGGGAUAGAGCAGUCCCGACGAGGCUCAUCGACGCAUCGGAGCAUAAAGAGUUCCGCGAUCCAGUUCUCAAUGCUGUCGUGACUCUUGCGCUUGAAACCGCCUCGUCCGGUUUCGGGGUCCUGGUCUUUGCAUCCAGUCGAGCAAUGGCGGAAGGCGACGCUCGCUGGAUAAGCAGAGCGAUGCCUGAACCCCAGGACCUUGAUCCCAAGCUCCUUGACAAGAGGACGGACCUCUUGUCCGAACUGAGGAGUUUGAGCACAGGCCUUGAUCCUGUUUUGGAAGAAACUGUUAUUGCUGGAGUGGCCUUUCACCGUAAUCCGGCAAGAAGGGUUAUUCUGCAUGGUGCACGCAUGGGCCGAGACCUGGUCGGUCCAGCGCUGUUGAGGCAGAUGAGAGGCCGUGCGGGGAGGCAGGGCAGGGUUCCCGUAGGGGAGACGUACCUAUGCUGCUCUGAAGAUGACUUGGAGAGCGUUGUUGAAUUGAUGCAUGCAGACCUUCCCGAAGUUACGAGCUGUCUCAAUGCAGAGAAUCAUCGAUUGCAGAGAGCACUCCUCGAAGUCAUUGCUAUAAGGCUGGCAACUAGCCACGAAUCCAUACUGGGCCAUUUCAAGAAGUCGCUCUUGUGGCAUACCCACGGCACAGAAUACGUCAGCAAUUGCGUUGAGAUAAGCCUCAAGGACAUGGAGGAGGCGGGGUUCAUUACCAGGGAUAUGCACUCCCAGUAUGCAGCCACUCAACUGGGGAAGGCCAUCGUCUCGUCAGCCAUAGACCCAGACGACGGCAUCUUCAUCCACAAAGAGCUCAGUAGGGCUCUCCGGUCCUUUGUCAUGGACGGCGAUAUGCAUAUACUGUACACCUUCACUCCAGUACAGGAUUUCGGAGUCCCGGUCAACUGGCAGAUAUUCCGGAACGAAAUGGAGAUGCUCGACGACAGCGGUAUGCGUGUACUGGCUUGUCUAGGUAUAAAACCGACGACAGUGCAGAGGCUGGCACAAGGUGCAGCUCUCAAGACGUCGUCGCCAGAGGAAAAGGAAAUGGCACGGGUGUAUGCCCGCUUCUACCUUGCUCUUCAGCUACGAGAUUUGUGCAAUGAGAUGCCCGUUCAUGCUGUUGCUCGAAAGUACGACAUGCCAAGGGGAGCAGUGCAGAACCUCUCGCAGACUUGCCAGGGCUUUGCGGCUGGAAUGAUCAAAUUCUGCGUUUCCAUGGGAUGGGGUGUUCUUGCGGCAGCUCUGGAUCACUUCUCGGACAGGUUGUUGGCGGGUGCUAGGACAGAUCUGCUGGAACUGGCCAAGAUUCCUUUUAUCAAGAGUCGAACAGCGUACGUCACAAGAUCACACCUUCAUGCCUACCAAAAUUACGUUCCAGUGAAGAAUGCAGAGCUGAUAUAUAUUUACGAACUUGUGGGCAGUCGUGUGUUCUGGGAGUCCGGAUUCCGCAGUGCCGGGACCAUUGCCAGCGUGGACCCGAAAGAGCUCGUCCCAGUGCUCAUGCAGGCACAACCAAACAAGAUCCGUCUCAAAGAAAAAGACGUGGCAAAGUACGAAGAGAAGCUUUUGGCCAAAGCAACAAUCAUCUCUGCGUCGGCAAACAAGAUCUGGCGUACAUACGCUCGCUAA